GCAUGUUCUGUCCUGCCCUCCUCCGUUCCCACAUCACACUCGCGUGCGGCGUGGUGCUGCGUCCUCUCCUCUGGCCGCGGGAUCACUUCUGUGGCAACCGAAGUUCUUCUGGACAGGCGCCGUGGAGUUUUUCUCAGGCUGGCUCUUAUCGCCUCCUAGUGUGCAUGCCAAGCAUCAAACACAAAAAGAAUUUUUGAUUUUUAGAGGAAAACUCUCAAACCACAGGAAAUCCUUUCUGAAAGCAUCAAAAGGAGGGGAAAAUCCUGCCCUGUGUACAUACGUGCCAAGAGACGAAAGAAUGCACAACCUCAGGACUAUUUGACAUCUUCUCUGUGGAUCUAAAGAGAUAUAAUCUACUUCUUGGGAUCCCAAGAAUGACCACUGAAUCUUUCCUUGCUGUUUAUCCUUCUGUAGCUCCACCUGCCGCUCCCAUGUCUGCAGGAAUGCUGCAUAUGUUUAGUGAGUACCGGAGCAAUGCAGUUAUCAUAGAGCACUACAACUACACGGGGAAGCUGAAUAAGAACAAGUACACGGAUGGACUCAAACCUGAAGCCAUAGCUUUCCUGCUGGUCUGCCUGCUUAUUGUUGUAGAAAAUGCUGUGGUGCUUCUGGCAAUCUGGAAGAAUAAGAAAUUCCAUAUGCCCAUGUACUAUUUAUUGGGCAAUUUGACUCUCUCAGACCUGCUGGCAGGUUUCACCUACAUGGUGAACAUCAUGACGUCUGGUGCCAACACGUUAAGCAUGACCCCUGUGUUGUAUUUCCUGAGGGAGGGCGGUGUGUUCAUCAUGCUGGCUGCCUCCGUCAUCAGUCUGCUGGCCAUCGCCAUAGAGCGCCAUGUCACCAUGGUGAGGAUGAAGCCGUACCAGGGGGACAAACAGGGGCGAAUGUUUGCUCUGAUUGGAGCCAGCUGGGUGCUGUCUGUGUUCCUGGGCGUCCUGCCUGUCCUGGGUUGGAACUGCAUGGGGCAGUUGGACCAGUGCUCCACCGUCCUGCCCCUUUACGCCAAAAGCUACAUCCUUUUCUGCAUCACCAUCUUCAGCGCCAUCCUCAUGUCCAUCGUGGUGCUGUACGUCCGCAUCUUCCGCAUCGUCAAGGUCAACACCCAGCGCCUGGCUUUGGUCCCACAGCGGAAAGGUCUGUACCGCAAAUCCCAGAAGUACAUGGCACUGCUUAAAACGGUCACCAUCGUCCUGGGAGUCUUCAUCGCGUGCUGGCUGCCCCUUUUCAUCCUCCUCCUGCUGGAUUUCUUCUGCCAAACCAAAAAGUGUGAGGUGCUCUUUAAGGCAGACUACUUCCUGGGCAUCGCCAUGUUCAACUCUCUCCUGAACCCCAUCAUCUACACGCUGACCAGCAAGGACAUGAGGAAGGCCAUCCUCAGGCUGCUUUGCCACCACUGCCUCGUAACCAAAGAUGGACAAGUGAAAAAGUUUGGGAUGCCCUUCUUAGAUUGCAGCACCAGUAAGACGGACGGAGCCUCUCACAGACUGGAGGGACUGGAGACAACAGUGUCUUCUGGUAACUUUACACCCUCGUCCAUUAAAGUUAUUUAUCCCAGGGUGUCUAAGACAUGACACGGUGGCUCAGUCUGAUCUGAGAGCAGACACUUGGACUCAAAAUUAAACUUUUUAUAUGGCCAAGGAUCUUUUAUCUCUACACUCAAAAUUAAGCAAGCAUGGGAAGAAGCUAAAUGUUUUGCACUUUGAAAUAGUUUCAUUUAUCGGUUCAAAUGGUUAGCACAAUGUUUAAGGAGAAAGAUGUUUUGGUUAAGCAUUAAUUUCUUAAGUUACUAAACACAUUUUAGAUAAACAUCAAUAUCCAUGUCAUAAUUGUAACUUGAAGUUUCACAAAAAAAAGCAGCAUUACUUUUGUAUUUCAUGACUCCUAAUCAGGGCCAGUAUUAAAAGGACAUUUCAUCUUAUCCAUGUUUGCACAUAAAGAGAAAUCAAAGACUUUGCGCAGCUGGUUCAGAGCGGGGAAAGCCCAGGCAUAAGAUUUACCCCGUUAUCUCCCGCUGCCUUUGUAGCAUCUAAUGACAAGUUGUUGCAAACACGAAGCAUCCACGCCCCAAAAACCAUGUAAUUUCUGCCAUGUGUGUUCUGGUCAGCACUGAUGAUGCGACAUCAGAGGGCUUGGUGGCCUGGAGACUCCAUGAAGACGUCAGAUGUAGGGCUGAGCUGGGUGGUUUGCAGCUUUGGAGGUCCCCUUUAACAUAUGUAGCAACACACAAUAAAAGCCUUAAAGCCAUAAAAGCUGACAGCGCCUUCUCGGUUUGGCAGUUUCGGCAGUAAGACAGAUACAGUUUGUCAUCUUUAUUCUGUCAAAUGAUACAAAAGACUUCUUGUGAGCAUGAAAAUGGUGAGCAGGCUGGGAGAUUUGUACAUUUCUAAUGUAAUAUUGUACAAAAAGUGUAAAGAUAUAAAAAAUAUAUACUUAUAUUUACUUUGUAAAUAUGUCUAACUUGUCUAAGCUGUGCUUUGUCUUUUGUAAACUCUUCACUUAAGUUAUGUUUUAUAUGUGCACUGAUUAAAUAUAUGUGAAUGAU